CUAAGGAACAUGAGUUUACAGACAGUGCCUUGAAAACACCACUUGUUACAAGUCUGUCUUAACGUAAAAAAGUAUCUUUAUGGAAAAUAAUGAGCGUCUAUCAGUGUGCUGGUGGAAUUCUAAUUGCUUUUGGCAUAAUAAGCAUGGUUUCAGGAGUUAUAGCAUUUUUUCCGGUAUUUAGCUACCAACCCCUGUUUAUUGGAUGGAGUGUUCAAAUUGCUUGUCCGAUCUGGAAUGGGGUUCUGGUAAGGAUAUGAUAAAUUAUUCUACAUUUCAUUUUGUGUGUAAUGGAAGACAAUUGCUGUAUUUAACAAGAGAUGUUUCGAAUUGAUUUGGUUUUAUAAUUGGGUAUGAAAUGAUUCUGUGGGUGAAAGAAGAACUCGUUAUAGCUUAACAAAAAUGUUUUGUGAAAUGCAGUGAUUAAGAUUUGAUACAGUCUAGUCGGCCUUAACAUUGUCAGAAAGAACCAUGGAUCGUGCAAUAUGAUAUGGUUUUCUAACUUAUGCUAUUACGUAAAAAAUAUUUGCAAAUACAUCAAAAUGUAAUGAAUAAAUAAGGUGAUUAGCUCUAUAAUUUAAAUAUUAUCUAGUUUUUGCAUUGGUGGAUUUACUCAAAUGGGUAAAAACUCUAUAUAAUUUGAGAUAUAUAUAUAUAUAUAUUUUUUUGUAUUAUUUUUUUUUAACAAAGUAAAUAUUUAAAGUAGUUAUGUAUUUUUGAGGUGUCAUAAUAAGCCUACAUAACAUUUUUUUCUGGAGCAUUUUGGAUUACAUUUGGGAUAUUUGAGUUUUGAGACCAUAGGCUGAACAUGUAUUAAGAGAAGAAAAGUUUAGUUGAUUCAGUAAUCACUAAGAAACAAAGGGAAACAGGGGGUAACCCCAAUAUUACACGUACGGGAAAGAAAGCAAAGAGAUUAUUUCUGAGUGAAUAGCGAAAAAGGCAAAAGAGAUGACUAAAAAUGUAACUUUUAUUUACAAUAAAACAAAUCUACUAAGAUCCCCUUUAUCAGACCUAAAAUCUUAAUAAUAUAUUGUCUUAAUUACCCCCUCCCUUUUUUGACUUUGUAGUUACUAAAAUAAAUCAAAUGCUACUAUCUAAUCAAUAACCUAAAUAUUAUAAAUAUACAAAAUGGAUGUUAGGUAGAUAUGGACCAUCUAACAAAGUACGGUUACACUUCUCAUUGUGGAGACUAAAUUUCAGUAAUUAAGACAAUAUAUUAAGAUUUUCAGGUCUAACAAUGAGGCUCUUAUUAGACUUUUUAAUCAAUGUUAACAAAAUCAUCUAUUUUCCCUUUUCAUUACUCACUAAGAAACAAUUGAAUUGCUUAUUUACAAAGUUUAAAUUGUGAUCAACUAAAUCAGAAUUGUUUUCUUCUUACUAGAUUUAAUUAAAGGGACAUUAUAGGCACCAAGACUUUAUAGACACCACUUUAGCUCAUUGAAGUGGUCUGGGUGCAUAGCCCUUUAACCCUGCAGAAGUAAUUAUUGCAGUUUUUAUAAACUGCAAUAAUAACCUUUGAGGGUUAACUCCACCGCUAGUGACUGUCUACCAGACACCACUAGAGAGACUUCCGGGUCGUCUUGCUGACACUGGACAUCUUCACGUUAUGCAUGAAGACAUCCAGCGUCAUGUAAAACCCUAGAGGAAAGCAUUAUACUUAUAUACUUAUAGCUUUUCUAUUGGGGAAAUACUAAUGCAAGCAGGGCCAUUGCCGUGCAUGCGCAUUAGGUCUCCCAUGCCAGCUGAUGUCCGCGGGGAGGAGCAGAGGCGGAGGCCGAUCCAGUGCCAAUAGACUUCAGUGCUCGAUUCAGGUAAGUGACAAAAGAGUUUUAAAGGGGGGGAGAAGAGGGAGAUGAAGGGGGCACAAUUGGGAGCUAUAGUGCCUGUUAAACAACUUUGUUUUCCUGGCACUAUAGUUUCCCUUUAAGCAUUCUCAGGGCUGAUAAUAAAUCUUGCUACAUUUCCUUGUAGUUCUGAUACAUUCUGCAACCAACGUUAACACGUUCCUGACAAUGACACAGAUUUAUCUCUCCCUCUUGCAUCUUGUCACAAAUAGCCUCUCCUUAGUGUCAAACUGCAAUAUUACGCACAUCUCGAAACUCAUUCUCUCCAUAACAUAACUCUCUCAUUUCCCUCUCAACUACUAAACCUUCUCUGUACGAAUCGAAUUACAUAAGCAGUUGUGCUGCUAUGUAGUCUAACCUACAAGCUCACUGUUUUGGUAUAAUAUGCGAUUCUUGUCAAUCUUUCAAUCCUUAUAUAUAGCCAUAACAUUACAGGAACAAUGUAGGCACUGUCAUUUCAAUGAAGUGGUUUUAGUAUCGGAACAUUGUUAAACCACUUUUAAUACUUUAAUGCUAGAUCACAGAAAUCUGUACCCUCUCUGUAGCUUGAUACAAUAUGUACACUAUUAUGGCAUGAUACAACUUUACAAUGUGAAGUGAUAAGGUGUAUACGGUAUUCCAUAUUUAUAUUGAUACCUGGCUGUUAGGUUUGCCCCAGGCUAGCUGAGGGUUGGACCGUAGAUGGAUGCUCCUAGCGCUUACCAAGGACCAUCAGCACUGCACCAGAUAACAUAAGCAACAUAAGCUUGGUUUGGGUCUCGCCGUCUCCUACCCACCCUGGACCUACGACAAGGCUCCAGGCUCCAGUGGGUGAACCUCUCUUCCUUCAGAGAGCUUAGUGAUUAUUCAAAGGAGCUUAGUGAUUAUUCAAGGGAGUAUGAAGAGCGUAGCAAUCUCUGUAGUGAUUAUAGCUGUCCCCUCCAAACACGAGUCGAGGCUGUGAGUUGAGGGUCAAGUUGAACUGAAGGUUUAAUGGUACAGCUGCUUCUUUUAUACAGUAUGGGGAACAGGACAUGAAAUGCACAAUCCACUAAAAACAGAGUUUUACACUUGAAAACUCCUAGUUACUGUACACAAACCCUCCCCUCUGCCUGCGAUAGAAUUAACAAAGACAAUGGACUAACUCAAUUAACUUUAGCAGAAAGAAAAAUACAUUUUUACAAAACCCAAAAGUAUCCCAAAAUACAACAUAUCCCCACAUCCCCUGAUAGCCCCGAUCUGGGUGAACAACAUAGCCAAAAAUCAGCCAGAUCGGUUCAGGGGUUCAGGAAUUUCCUGAAAGUCUUAUUUUUGCCCCACCGUGCACAUGGUCCCAUGCCCAAAACAGUUCCAUACACUCAACGGCAAAACACUGCUAGACAAUUUAAGAUGGCCGCCGCCACAUGCUUGGAUCUGUUCCAGUUAAAAGUCCAAGGGGCAGAAACAGUGCUUUGAAAUCCAUUAGGUACAAAUAGAGUUUUUAAACGGCAAAACACCCCAGGGGCCAAAGUUACAGGGCAAGAGGCUGGCAAGCAGCCCUCUCCAACAGCCAGUUGCGAAGUGUAGUUCGUCACACUGGCAUUUAUAGAAUCUUAUUGCAUAGUAGUCCAUAAAAAAACCCUUCAAUAGUCUUUGGGCAGUAGGGGUAGAUAAUGUGUGUGCAUUACCAUACAAGGCUUUUGAGAAAGUCAAUUUUAGAAUUAUAUGCUGAAAUUAAUAUUGUUAUUUAAUUCUACCAUGUCUAUCUAUGUUCACAGGCAUUCUCAGUUGGAAUUCUGUCACUUUUGGCAUAUCGAGAAUGGACGCAAAGGUCACUGGUAAGUUAGCACAGCAUUUUACGUUGCUAAGAACCUAUUGAUACCAUGCCAAAGAUAAUUAGGACAGGACAUUCAGUCUCUGGGCUGCAGUCACUAACAAUAUUUUAUUUCUUUCAUUGGUUUAAAAAUGCCACCUUAUCAGAAUUUUACCCUACUACCAGAAUAUAACUUUUUCCUGUUUUCUAAUUAUAUUAAUGCUUUAUAUUGUGUUUUGUACUUCAGCUAAAAACAGAGCAAAACUGAUGUAAUCCUUGCUUUCUGCUUCAAACACAGGUGGAGUGUUAACUCACCUCAUAUAUGCUCAAAUGCUUGGUCUUGUGCACACUUAACAGUUAGUGUCACGUAUGCAGAUAAAACAACAUAAUCUUGUGUAUUUGUUCUACACAAAAUAAUCUGCUAAUGUUAUCAUUUUUUUGAGGAGGAACCUUAAUUUUUCUUAUAUAGCUGUCAUAUCUUUGGCUGCCGCUUGGCAUUCUCAGUCUCUGUGGUAGCCUCAGACUCCAGGGAUCUUCUUCCGUUACCCAGGAGUACAUUGCGUGCUCUUCUUCUUCCAUUUUGGUUGUUGCACAGCGUUCUCUGGAUCAGGUCCUUCAACGUCCUCCUCAGAUCACAAAUAUCGGCGAUGGUGCUGUCCAAUAGUGUUGAAGUUCACCCUACAUAUAUUUCCCUCUUCCUGGUAGUAGAUGUUUGUCGUGGUUUCUGUUGCCCAACGUGUAUUUUAAUAUUGAUUAUUAUUGCCGUUCCUGAACCAGCUUUGUUUUGACUAUUCUGUACUUCUGGCAUCCUUGACCAUGGCUUGUCCAUUCACUUUGCAGAAAUAGCGGACGACAAAACUAAAUAAAUUAAAAAAAGGCAGCAUAAGCUUGUUUCAAUGUGUGGGCUUAGAGCUUCUGCUCCAACAACCUACAUUUAUCAGGUCCUGUUCAUCACUUAUAUAAAUCUUUCAAAUAAAUCUUGAGUGUAUUUGAAACAACAUUCAUGGUGAACUAGAUGAGUCAGUGAUAUUAGUCACAAGUGCUAAUGAGCACCCUCUAGUGGCAUCAAGGAAAACAUUGACUGUGGCUUAAAAUAGGUAUGAGAAAAAUAUUAUAUAGGAAAACCACACAAACACUCAGUUCAGGAUCUACAUGUCGGGUGCCUGUAGGCACAAAAUUCUAAGGCACACACCAACCCCAAAAUAAGACAGAUAAAGCAAGUAUAACAAAUUUAAUCUGCCUAAUGGGCAAUCCGGUCUUGCAAAAUUAUGAAUUAAAAAUGAGCACGUAGCACCCAAAGAUAUGAAAAAUGACCAUUCUUCUGCAAAUCUGACAAAUUAAUUUUACAAAAAACAUUGUUGUCCUAAAACUAUUUGAAAUUGUUAAUAGUAUUGCAAUAGAGAUAUGUAUUCCAACACGCUAUAAAUAACAGAAUAAAAGUCACCAAAGAAAUUAUAAAAAUUAAACACUACUUUCCAUUUAUCAAGGGAAGGGAGAGUCUUUAAAGGGAAACUCCAGUGCCAGGAAAACAAUCCGUUUUCCUGGCACUGCAGGUCCCCUCUCCCUCCCACACCCCAAUCCCCGGUUGCUGAAGGGGUGAAAACCUCUUCAGUUACUUACCAGAAACAGCGACAUGUCCUACGUCGCUGCUUCUUCCUCCGCUCCUCCCAGUGAUUACAUCGGCCGGUGGGUGAGACUGAUCCCGCCCACCAGCCAGGGAGACCUAAUGCGCAUGCAUAGUGGAGUUAACCCUGUAAGGUAAUUAUUGCAGUUUAUAAAAAAAACUGCAAUAAUUGCACUUGCAGGGUAAGAGUAGUGGGAGAUGGCUCCCAGACCACUCCAAUGGGCAGAAGUGGUCUGGGUGCCUGGAGUGUCCCUUUAAGAACCUAGAAAGAGCCAAGAUUUAGAGCUUGUUCCUGUAUAUAAACUUUGGUCACAAAUAAUGUCUAUGUGCUCUAGAUUCAGUCUCUGGUCCAUGUCGAUGGUUUAUUCACUAAUCUGGAGCAAAUACAAAGAGAUUACCUGGGACUAGUGUUCGCUAGAGAUACCAGCACUAAUUAUUUGAUGUACAAAAUGCUGUGAUUUAAUUGGUGGUGUGUGUGCUCUACAGUUAUAACAAAUUAACACUAAAAUUGAGAUUAAUGUGAUUUGUAUCUGGUAGGCAGGAUGACAACAGAGUUUGAAAAUAUGGUGUACUUCUUAGAACGCAUUCCUCUUGCUGCACAUUUUUCUGUAAAUAUGUUAUUAGAUCACAAUAUUCAAUUAAUUUCACAACCAGACUUCUAGCCACCAUGCAAAGAACCAUUAGUAUCCAAUAAUGACAAUGAUGUAAUUGACUUUUACAACUCACCAGGUAAAUUAAUGUAGUCUUUUUGUUUAUCUUCUAGUGGGAAGCCACAUUCACAUUGGGUUUACUAAGCAUUAUGGGGAGCCCAGUACAGCUGAUGGUGGCCAUUGCAUCCAUCCUCAUUGGUCCCUAUUGCUAUUACACUUUCGCUGGAAUGUCAUCAACCAACUACAUUGGCUACGCAAUUAAGUUUCCAUUUCCUUACACCAAGUUUGUGAAUAUAUGUCAAAAUCCAAAAUCCUACGAGCUGUUCCAUUUGAUUCUACAGAUUAUUGAUGUGAUUUCAAGUGUGGUCAUAUUCUGCUCGUGUUUGGCAUUAGUAAUCAGACUCUCGGCAAGAAAAGUGAGAACCGGAACCUUUAAUGUAAGUAUUGAUUAAAUUGCAUUAGACAGUGAUUACAUUGUUGUGGGUAUUGAUCUACAAAUGGGGAUUUUUACAUUUACAAAAACACAUACCAUCCAUCUAGUAUGUCAUUAUGGUCAAAACUUUAAUAGACAUGUCUACUGAUCAGAAACAUAUUUAAAAAGACACAUCCAUUAAACAAUGUCGGUUGCACAUGAAAAAUAGAGCACUGGUUACGGGUUAUUUCCCAAAAUGAAUUGCGUCCAUUGUUCUACAAGUGGGUGUGUAAAAUGUUUUUUUUUUUUUUAUCUGUUCACCUACACUUUACUUUUUAAAAAUAAAUAAAUACAAUAAGCCUUUUGGUCUGUUUGCAGUCAGUUUAUAGUGUUGCUAGCUCUUGUUGUGUUCAGUUUUAGUAGGGGGAGAAACAGCUCCACAUUUGACCUCAGGUUGUAUUAAGCCCCUGCACAGGAUAUUUCGCUCCUUUGGUGAAUUCUAAACCCUAGCAAAUUCUAUGGUGGGCUCUACCAGAUACACAAGGCAGGUGACAGCCAGACAUCUUCUAAAUGUAUGUAGUGGUGUCAAACUGAUGGCCAUUCUGGUGAUUUGGGGCUACAAUUAUUUGUCAUGCUAGAGCAGUAGAUAAUUAUUGAGAUUAUAAUGUAAUAACAGCUAUGAAUUUCCAUACCAUGCUGUACAACUUUGUAUUAAUUCAUUAGAGUGAUCAGAUUGUUUAAUGGGAGAACAUUAUAAAAUAAUAUAGAGUAGCAUAAAUUUCCAUACUGCCUUUAUGUAUCUAUCAUAGGGCCUACACAAAAAGUCUUAAAAAUUGUAGUUCUGGUACAAUUCUUUACUCCUUAAAGGGACACCACUUCAAUGCCCAAAUAUAAAAUAAAUCACUCCUUAGUAUAUAUACCCCAAUGAAAACAUUCAUGCGUUUAAUUGUGCAUUGUUUUUAUUAUCGGAGGUACAUCUUUAAAAACCUGCAGUUGUUUUGUCUGCUGCCUUUGCAAUCCAUUCCCCCCCCUCCCCCCCCCCUUCUUUCCCAGCCCAGACUUUCUGUGACUGUCCAAUCACAGACUUCCCAAUACAGCUCAAUGAGAAGUCUUAGCAAGGCAGGUGCUCUGGGCAAUUGCUGCCUCCACUGAGCUAAACAAACCGAGAAGUAACACGACUGCUUGUCUGAUUGACAGCCAAAGGGUGUAACAAGGUUAAUUUAUAAAGUUGCCAAUUUCUAUUGAAAUAUGCACCUUUUGUAAUAUGAUCAAAAGAGCAAGUGCCUAAAGUGCUUAAAGGGUUUGGAGUGUCACUUUAAAUAGUUAAAUAUUUAUGAACCAAGUUAAGACUAUAUUCAGGUGGGAUAUAAAUUAAAGCCGUAAUGCACCAAAACAUCUGAUUGCUACUCAUUUACAUGAGAAUUUGGCCAUGCAAGAGCUUUGUAUCAUAUUGUACUUUGGGAUAUGUGCAUUGUCAAUAUACUGUAUAAGUAUAAAAGAUUCAGGAAUAAUAUGGUUUUCUUUAUUUUAUGUCACAAUGGCACUUGUUUGGCAACAAAGACACAUUGAUAUCUGAUCUUUCUGUCCUUUUAGAAAAGAUCAUAGGAUGUACUUCUAAACAAUUUCUGUGAAAUAAACACCUGCUAUACUGCUAUUGUGCCAGAACAAUGACGUCUUAUCUUCUUGAUAUUUUCCAUUGUAGCUUCUUACAUUACAUUUUUUAAUUUUUACUUUUACACACCUAAAAGUUUUAUGUUGAUUUUAAAUUUAACUACUUGUGCAAAAGGCAACAGUGAAUGAAUAAAAAAAAGAUCUCCUUAUAUAAUAUGAAAAAGAUGAAAAAAUAGCCUGGAAAAAAGCAGGUCUAAAGCCUUUGCAAGCCCUCCCCUUUAUCCUUGGCACAGACUGAAAUCAAAUAAUUCUCAUUGAGAAGCCCCAGUGCUGGAGCCUUGACCACGAUUGUACAAGAUCGUGGACUUACAGUGCUUCUCAAUAAGCGGUAGUGCUACUCAUUGAGAAGUAGUACAUCCAGGUGUGCUGCUCUAACAGAAGAGGAAUCACAUCUCCAAGGCUCUGUGAUUGACAGCCAGGGAGGUCAUGUGGCAAAGUUUAUAAAACUGCCAACUUCCAUUGAUAUCAACAACUUUUACAAACUGCCAAAGAAUCGACAGACUUCAGGUACAUAAAGCACUUAACCAAAUGCUUUAUGUGUUUUGAUUGUUCCUUUAAAAUAACAGAGCAAUGCAGGUACUGUGGUGAAAAGGGAAAUUAUCUCAUUAUUGAAAUGAAGAGUUCUGACAACUGACUUUAAGACCAAAAGUGCUUAACUGAAUAAAAUCAACAACUUUUCUAGUUUGGAUGUUUUUUCGAAGUUGGCUAUUAGGCCUAAAUUAUGCAACAUGACUGGUAACUCAAAAGUCAGUGUGUGGUGAAUAGUUUGUAUUCAGUAAAUAAUUAUUUGAAUUCAGCUUAAUUCAGAAUGUAACGUGCAAGGAAAAUAAGGACAAGGAACUUGAAUUUCAGAGAAAAUAAUACUUGUAUGUAUUUGUUUUUUACAGACACAAAAACGUAUUUGGUGAACUGGAGAUUGGAGGAAGAGUCUAUCUCGGAAUUAAAAAAUUUAUAUAAUUGUUUGUUUGGUAUAUAGGGGAUACUUUAAAUGAGAUUGCCACAUUGGAUAUCUAUUACAAUUUGUCCCACUUUAUCCCAGGUAGAAAAGAACACACACACACAUACACAUACACACACACACACACUCAUUCACACACUCACUCUAACACUUAGCUAAACUAUUUUAUAUAUAUUACCAACUGAAUACUCAUAAUACAAACUUGUGGAACAAAACAAAAACAUUCUAUUUUAGUGAUAAACAUCAUCUACUAAAAUAAAUGAGAAGCUUCCUCUUUGAACCUCUAAUGAUUGCUGGAGAUGCGACACAAAGGAUGCAAAUUUUAUGCACAUUUGGUGGAAUUGCAACCCACUCCAGCUUUUUGGCAAAUGAUUUGGAGAAGAACAAAGAUACUUCUGUGGAAUUAAUUAAACUUCAAACUAGAAUUUAUUAUGUUACACCUGAAUUUAAAUGAGAUAAAGUCAAUUGAAAAGGAAUUUUCAAUAUAUAUUUUUAUUGCAUCUAAAUAUUUGAAUAUAUAUAAAAUGAUGGCUGUACCUCACUGGUCUCACUGUUAGGAACCAGACACUACACCAGUUAAUAGGAGAACGUGGUAUUCAACAAAAAAUUAGAGAUAAAUGGCACUGUGAAUGACUAAAAUCCUACAGCAUGAAUAAAGGUUUUAAGAAGUAAAGAUUCAGGUAAACACACUAUUAACUAAGAUAGGGCUGUCCAACCACAGGUAGUCCGAGGGCCGAAUUAAAAAAAAAAACAGAUCUGAGGUCUGCAUGGAAAGUUAUGGAUUUAUUACAAAACUUUUGCCUAGAAAUUUUUUGAGAGCCCUGAGCAGCCAUGUUUUUGACAACCCUAAACUAAAAUUAAGGUUUGGCAUGGUAUGAUAUCAGGCUCCUCCCCCCAUUCAAGCACUCUGUCUUAGAUACAUCCUUCUGUCAAAAUGUUAUUUUGUUUUUAUGUCGUGGAUAACUACGUUUUGUAAGGAAUUGUAACUACAUUAAUGGAAAAAAAUAUUUUUAAGCAAUGUCUUGUGCAAUUUUAUGUAAUUUGUUUAAUUUUUUUAUAUUUAAAAUCAAUAAAAAGAAAAUAAUUUUAAAAAAUGGUAAUCUUCCUCUUUGACAAGAUAAUGAGGUAUUUCACAUUGCUAUACGAGUGGAAGUAGUGAUUUAAACAUGGACAAUGUGUAGACCGAGCCCUACAGCAGGGUAUAUGUCUGGGCACAACUGGCACAUCCAUUGUGCAAUCCUACACUUGUGCCGUUAGUCUACACUAGAACUGAAUCAUUACAU